AUGGUACUGCGUUAUCCGAUGGGUAGCCGCUCUAAGAUCCUCAAUUUGCCUGACGAUAUUGUCAACUCCAUCCUCUUAGAGUACCAGUCAAAUCUCUUUUACGGUUCAAAAGUAGUUGCAAAUCAUGGAAAAAUACUCCAUGAUUAUUCGAUGAAAGUCCUAUCAAUGGAAGCAUCAAUUAGUGCUGAUUCCAAAGUUGUGUCGUUGGACCAGCCCAAUAUUCCAGGAUUCAGUGAUAGUCAAUAUUAUUUUCUCCAAGUGCAUUCGUGUGAUGGCUUGGUAUUUAUUUACCAUCCUGGCAAUAUGAUGUUAUGGAAUCCUGCUAUUCGGAAAUACAAACUGAUCCCCGUCCCUGCUACGUUGCAAAGGUUUUGGUGGUAUAUUGACCGAAUUGGUUUUGUAUAUGAUUUUGUGGCUGAGGAUUAUAAGGUAUUAUGUGUAUACGAGGUAAGCUAUACAGCACAUCCGCGUCACGUUGUUGAAAUCUAUUCUGUUAAAAAUCAAUCUUGGAGAACCAUUAGCAAUUUCCCCAUUCCCCCUGAUUUUGGCUUGAUCUACCACUAUCCAAUUUCGUUAAAUAGUGUUGUUCACAUAAUGGCCACUUCAGAUGAUGGAGGCACAAUUUGGGAACGUGAACGCUUGGUUAUAUCUUUUUACCCGGCAGAUGAAACAUUUAUUGUGACGCCAGUACCAAGUAACAUUAGGAAUAUUUUGUCCAAAUUUUGUGCUUUUGCUAUUCGUGUUUGCGUUUUUGGGAUUGACCUUUGUCAAGAAAUGUGGAUUUGGUCACAGGAGAAAGAUGGGAAAACAGGCUUGUUGACUUGGAACCACAUCAUGAAUAUUACUUUAGGCUCAGUGACUCCGUACUACUUUGGGUAG